UUUGCUCAUUUCACAAAUGAGCAACUAACUAUUUGCGCAUUUGACAAAUGAGCAUCUAUGUUUUUGCUUAUUUGUUAAAUAAGCAACUAAGUAUUUGCUCAUUUGAUAAAUGAGCAACUAACUAUUUGCUCAUUUGCUAAAUGAAUAAAAUAUUGAUUGCUCAUUUUACAAUUGUUCAUUAGAUAAAUUAUCCUGUUGUAGCCUAUUCUUAGCCUCUUAUUAGAGAAUUUUCUUGGUUUUUGUUCAGCCUUAAAAAAGGGAACAGUCUGUAAUAAGUCAAAACACCUAUUUCUGUAAGUGAUUCUAGUUGUAAAAUUACCCUCCAGUUGAGAACUAGUUACAAAAUCAUGCUGACCCCAAAGAAAGGGAAUGUUGUUUAUGGGCACAGAAAAUUAAAUGUGGUAAUCUUUUGUGGCCUAAUGUUAUUACAUAUAACAGUAAGGGUGCUAGGAAAAAGCUUUACCUUCUGGCAGGAGGAUAAAUUGCAGCUUUGGACAAACCUUUCUUAGGGUUGUCUGCAAGGAUUAUCAUCAAUGAAAGAUAAACCAGUCGUAGAAAGUCAUUAAGAAUUUAAGAAACAACCUCCUCCUAUCAGAAAUUGAUUGUUAGAUGCAGAUGAACCCUAUUGGUGAAAGUUCUCUUAUGUUAUUCUAUUAUCCAACGGUUUUAUAUUUCAUCUUAUUUUUCUGAGUUGUUACCCUGCUGGAUUGUGUAGAUGCUCCCCAGACUUUGACUAUCUUGAGAAACUGUGUUACGAGUUGCCUGAGUUCUCUAUUGUUAAUGAACAAGAGAGGGUACUAUGGACAACUAUUGCAAAGGUGAUUUUAGUUAAACAUGUUAAUUUCUUUAUUAUGAUAGGUUGUGAAUGUGUGACAGUGUUAUAGUGCUCAUAGGGAAUGCUUAGCAGCUAUAAGAAUAUUAAGCAUUCGACUUUCAUGCCUCCUCACCCCCCUGCCUUCCCUUUUUAUCCCCUUUGUUGUUUUAAGCAUUAAAUUGACAUCCCUAAACAUGAUAUAUAUGGUUUGUAUCCUAUCACUACACCUCCAAAAAAAAAUAAAAAAAAUCUAUGUGAUAUUUUACUUUUUUUUAUGAUUUUGUAUGAGCAGGAACUCUAUUAAAAAGGAGGCUGCUGCCAAUGUUGGUUCAUCAGGGGCUGCUGCGGAUGUUGGUUCAUCAGGGGCUGCUGCUGAUGUUGGUUCAUCAGGGGCUGUAGUGGCAGGAGAGAAGAUCAGUGAAAAGACCUAGAAACAGAAGAGAAUUAAAUUAGUUGCUACUAAGGGUAAAGGAAAAAAGGUUGAAAAGGGAGUGAAAGAAAAACAGAAUGUGAAGUUUGAGGAUCCUGAUGGUGAAGAUGUUGUUGAUGAAGUGCAAGGAUCAAAAUCUGUUGUUUAUGGGACGUUGCAUAAUAGGAUGUCGUCUUCAUCUGUCUUUAAUGUUUUUAAGAAGUUUUCUGAAGAGCAGUUGAUUGCGAUUAGAGCUACAGGAUUUGGAUCCUUGGAGUUUUUGAAAGUGUCCCAACUGUCUUUGCAGUUGGAUUUUUGGUUGGUCAAGCAUUUUGAUGCUCAGAGUUGUUCCUUGAAUAUUCCUGAUUCCGAACCUUUCAAGAUUACAGAACAACAUGUACAUGAGGUCCUAAGGCUUCCAGUUGGAGGCAUGGAGAUGGAUGCAAAUGUUUUUUCAAAGGAUGAUAAAGUCAUUACCCAAUGGAAAAAACAGUUCAAAAAGAACUCAUUAUCUGUCAACAUUGGGGAGCUUUCAAUGUAUUUGAAGAACCAUAAAUCAGCUGGGCCAAUGUUCAAACGCAAUUUUGUAGUUCUUUGUGUUUCCACUUUAAUGUCAGGAGGACUAAACAACUCAGAUAUUUGACUAGUGUUGACAAAAUCAAGGAUAUAAAUUGGUCGAAAUUUAUCCUUGAUUCUCUUGUGAAAGCGAAGAUGAAAUGGGAUGAGCUUCCUACUCGAUACUUUUUAGGAUCUUUAUUAUUUCUUUUGGUAUU